AUUUCUUCUAUUGUAUCUCUCUCCAUGGCUGGAGAGAUGAUGAAGUGAACCAGACAAGCUUUUCUUCACUGUCCAUUGCUUCCUCUCUCUCAUCCCAAGACCAAUCAUCAUCUCUCCCCCACCUUUUCUUCUUUUCUUUUCCUUUAUUUUUCACUUCUUCUUGAUUAGAACGGUGGAAAGUAGACAUGCAAUCCUCUUGUUUGUUGUUAGUGCAUCACAUCUGUCCCUGAGUAGUAGUAGCAGUAAGCAGUAGAAGAGGAAGGGAGGGUGAAAAAAGAAGGCAGGAAAUGAGGAAGCAUGGAUGGCAGCUUCCCUACCAUCCUCUUCAGGUGGUUGCAGUGGCUGUGUUUCUGGCACUGGGGUUCGCGUUUUAUGUUUUCUUCGUUCCGUUCGUAGGGAGGAAGGUGUUUCAGUACAUUGUGAUGGGGCUUUACACUCCUUUGAUUACUUGUGUCUUUGGUCUGUACAUUUGGUGUGCGGCUGCUGAUCCUGCGGACCCAGGAGUCUUCAAGUCCAAGAAAUAUGUUGGCACUGCACACUGUGGAAAGCAUAAUCAGCACAAGGAAUCUAAACUAGGAGGAGAAUCAACUUCUUCAACAUAUAAAACUAAUACUGGAAUGAUUGGAGAGAAGCCCUUGGAUGAGAGUGUGACGGGCAUGGAAUCCAUUGGGGAGGACACCACUGAUGAAACUGACAAGAAUUCAUCCUCUCAUGGGCAGUCUUGUUGUAUGGUUUUAUUAGGGUUCUGUACAUGUGCUUUUAUGUGUAACUCCUGCAAUCAACGUGAACAAUUUUCUGAGCAAGAAAUGAGUGAAGAAGGCAUGUUCUACUGCAGUUUGUGUGAGGUGGAGGUUUUCAAGUACAGCAAGCACUGUAGAGUUUGUGAUAAGUGCGUUGACCGCUUUGAUCAUCACUGCAGGUGGCUAAACAACUGUAUAGGCCGAAAGAAUUACCGACAGUUUUUCACCCUCAUGAUUACUGCUAUUCUCUUGCUUAUUCUACAAUGGUCGAUAGGAAUACUUGUGAUGAUCUGCUGUUUUCUUGAGCGUAACCGAUUCUCUGUGGAGAUCACCACCAAGUUGGGGAGCAGUUUCUCUUUGGUUUCCUUUGUUGUUGUGGUGGCUUCAUGCACCAUUUUGGCUAUGAUUGCUACUCUACCGCUUGCUCAGCUUUUCUUCUUUCAUGUUCUCCUCAUCAAAAAGGGAAUCAGCACCUAUGACUAUAUCGUUGCCUUGAGGGAGCAAGAUCAACAAGGAAUUGGAGGUCAGCAGAGCCCUCAAAUGUCUACUGUCAGCUCCCUUACUGGUCUUAGCAGUGCAAGCUCCUUCAAUACUUUCCACCGAGGUGCAUGGUGUACUCCUCCACGCUUAUUUCUUGAAGACCAGUUUGAUGUUGUUCCUCCAGACACUGCCAUGUCUGUUAGCUCGUCAGGUAAGAGGAUAGUGGUAGACGAAUCAAUCAGGAAAAAGAAUGCCGGGCCUGUAAAAUUAAGUCCUUGGACAUUGGCUCGGUUGAAUCCAGAAGAAGUCUCAAAGGUUGCUGCACAGGCAAGGAAGAAGUCCAGAAUCUUGCAGCCCGUGAUGAGAAGGGAAGCCCCACUUGGUUUAGAAACAGACAGAAGCUUUGGCAGCAACAGUGACCGGAUGUUCCAAAGGCCUGAGAAUCGGAGACGAGCAAGUAAGCGGGUCCGGCUCCCAGCUGAACUUCCUCUUGAGCCACUCAGCAAGAUAUCUGCCAAGGAUGCGAACAGCAAUCUCAUUGAUCCAGUGGCAGAUACAUCCACCAGUUUGGCUCCUUUGCAGCACGAGGCACGGAGUGCAUUUCGCACAAGCCGAGCCAUGUCAGCCUUGUCUGGGGUUAUUGCUUCUUCUCCUGAAAGUAGUCUGGAUUCACCAGAUCUUCACCCAUUCCGUGUCUCCUCAUCGGGAGCAGAAGAGGGACGAGGGCUCACUGCCAAUCCUGCUGCUUUCUCUGCUGCUCUUAAAGGAAUUCCAUUGUCAAGGUCAACUAGUGAUGGAUAUGAAGCAUCAGGUGGUGAAGAUAGUGACCGGGUUCCCUCCAGAGUAGUCCAAAGGUCAACAAACUGGAGUAAUCUCCUCUUCAGCUCCAGGCAUGAAGAGAGGUCAGUUAAAUUGAAGGCAUCAUAUUCAUCAAGUCAGGCAAACAGCAGAAAUCUUUGAAACUAACAGAAUUAUGUUGUCCUUUUGGCUUGAUAUUCUUUUAUUCAUGAUCAAGAGUUCAAUUUGUCUGUGAACAGUUACUAGUCUCAGCUCUGCUUACUAGAAAUGAAUAUUGGGGUAAACUUGUCUCCUUCAAUUAAGGAGAAAGGAGACGGUAAAUGUACUGAGAGUACUCUGUAUUUGUGGAGAAUGGCUUGAGCUCCUUGAACUUAGUUGCGGUAUCUUGUACCUGGUUCUUGCCAUUUAGAAUAGAAGAGAACCUCGUUGUUAGGCGUGUUGCAUUGUGACUACUACUACUUUGCUCUUUUGAGUGGGUUUCUGCUUAAAAAGGAAUUACUCAUAUCGGAAUAGCUAAUCAUU